AAAACCCAUCGCCCAAACAAAAACAGCAGUAGAAAAGCAAAAGCAGCACAUCACAGCUUUCCCUCUCUGAAAAACCCUCUUCGCCAUGGAUCCCUUCUCCUCCUCGGCGAUUGCUCGGCAGACGUGGGAACUGGAGAACAACAUCGUGGAGACCGCCUCCGCCGCCGGGGACACGUCCUCGGCGGCGUCGUCCUCCUCCUCCUCCUCCGCGUCUGACGCCAUCUUUUACUAUGACGAGGCGGCCCAGGCCAAGUUCCAGCAGGAGAAGCCCUGGACCAACAACCCGCACUAUUUCAAGCGCGUGAGGAUAUCGGCGCUCGCGCUUCUCAAGAUGGUCGUCCACGCGCGCUCCGGCGGCACGAUUGAGGUCAUGGGGCUUAUGCAGGGGAAGACGGACGGGGACGCGAUUAUCGUGAUGGACGCAUUUGCACUCCCCGUUGAGGGUACCGAGACUAGGGUUAACGCGCAGGCCGAUGCGUACGAGUACAUGGUUGAUUAUUCGCAGACGAAUAAGCAGGCGGGUCGCUUGGAAAAUGUAGUUGGAUGGUAUCAUUCUCAUCCAGGUUAUGGAUGUUGGCUUUCUGGUAUAGAUGUAUCGACACAAAUGCUUAACCAGCAAUUCCAGGAGCCUUUUCUAGCUGUUGUUAUUGACCCAACAAGGACAGUUUCUGCUGGAAAAGUUGAUAUUGGCGCUUUUAGGACAUACCCUGAAGGGUACAAGCCUCCAGAUGAGCCUGUUUCUGAAUAUCAGACAAUCCCCUUGAACAAAAUUGAGGACUUUGGAGUGCAUUGUAAACAGUAUUAUGCAUUGGACAUCACAUAUUUCAAAUCAUCUCUUGAUUGCCAUCUUUUGGAUCUACUGUGGAAUAAGUAUUGGGUGAACACACUUUCUUCUUCUCCUUUGCUCGGAAAUGGAGACUAUGUUGCUGGCCAAAUCUCGGAUUUAGCCGAGAAAAUAGAGCAAGCUGAAAAUCAAUUGUCUCAUUCACGAUUUGGUUCCUUGAUUGCAACCCCUCAAAGAAAGAAAGAGGAAGAGUCUCAACUUUCUAAGAUCACUCGUGAUAGCGCAAAGAUAACUGUGGAGCAGGUUCAUGGUUUGAUGUCACAGGUCAUCAAGGACAUUCUUUUCAAUUCCGUUCGGCAGUCCAACAAAUCUCUAGUAGAGUCAUCUGGUCCGGAACCCAUGGUCGAAACCUGAGCAUAGUGGCUUUAAGCUCCUUUUUUUUUUGUUUUUUUUUUCUUUUUCUAGUGGCAUGAUUUAAUUAUUUUUCCUCUUGCUCCAUCAGAGGAGUUCGAAAUGUUCGUUUGAUACCAUCAUUUGGUUGGCUUGUUACCACUAGACUUCGUUACAAAUGGCUUCUGGGAAAGGAUAUAUUGAAGGUUCUGGUGCUGUAGAAGGAUGUUUUGUCCAUCUUUUUUAGAGCAAAGAUAUAUUUGUGCGCAUAUAUCAAUUUGCAGCUUCUUAUUUACAUGUUUUCACCAUUUUGUUUCAGCUUUAUAGAGAAGAAAGAGUACAUGCUGGAAUUUGAUAAUUUUA